AUGUUCCCAGACCCGUUUCAGACGCCUAACCGAUUGACUCACAGAGACGCCUGGGAAGCACGCAGAAACCGACCAAUUGAUUUACAAAGGCUUACAAAAUCUGCGCAAGCGCCGAGCAACCGUCCAGCUUACUUGAUCAAGAGACACUCCACCGACCCUUUCAGAAGCCCCACCCACCCUUUCAGACGCCUGCCGACCCACUCACACCGGCCCAUUCAGACGCUCGCCGACCCGUUUAAACGCUCGCCGACCCGUUCAGACGCCCCCGACCCAUUCAGACGCGCGCCGAUCCGCUCAGACGCUCGCCGACCGGCUCAGACGCUCACCGACCCGCUCAGACGGUCGCCGACCCGCUCAGACGCUCGCCCACCCGUUAAGACGCCCCCAACCCAUUCAGAAACCCCGCCAAUCCUUUCAGACGCUCUGCAACGACUAAGCAGCCAAUUAAUCAACUUCCAGACAAAUAAGGCAAAGCAAUCAAGGGAAAACAACGCUUUGAUGCAGGAACAACUUGAGUGGAAGGACGGGUCCGUGAUUUGGCAUCGGGUCAAAUACGAACCUCACAACCUCUAUCCAAACAUCCCUUGGGUCAAUGACAAACCAACCCGUAUUCCAACUGCCGCCGAAAUCGCAUCCGCACACAAACAAGUCAGAUCAUACCGAUUUCUCACCUCCGGACUCAACGUGAUCAAGGAUCCUCUUGACAAAAAGUCUGUGAUAGCCAUUGUCGAAUUCACACCCGUCGAAGAGCUCACUAGUUCUCAAAUCAAAGAUCUCAACUACGUUUCCAAUUUUCUUCAUAAGUCUAAACGUUUUAUCAAUGGUGUUCACUCUUGUUCUCGAGUUUGGGGUGGUCUCAUGUGGGCCAUUGGCUGGAGGAAGUCAUAUGAUGAGGACCAGAUUGUAGGCCGAUACAUCAAGGCAUUCAAUGAAACUGAAAUGCGGGCCUUUGAUGAACAUUACGUCAAGUCUUCUAAAGUUGGUCAAAUAAUCGGAAAUCUCUUCAAGGAUCUUGCUCACACUCCAUUCCAAGACAAUCAAGACCUCAUGAAGAAGUAUAAUAUCCCCUCCUUUCCAGACCUUGCUUACGGUGAACUUCCACAAGAGUCUACCUGCACUCCUCAUAUUACGUUUACUACCAAUGGUUUUUUUAAUCCUCCGCACAAAGACACCGAGGAUAUCUCUCAAUUUGCUUUCGUCUUGUUUCUUCCAACUUGCACUUCUGAUUACAAUUUAGUAGACUCUUCCAACAUGGGAUUGUCAAGAUGA